GACCAUAAUCAUUCAUACACUCUCACAGUUGGUCCAUUACACUUUUUUCUAUAAUAAAUCUUCUCUCUCUCUCUCUCUCUUCAGGUGAGACCAAACCAAUUAACAUCUUUAAAGCCUAAAAUAAGUGGCUAAGAGGAAGAAGAGAGAUAAAGAAGAAAAGAGCAACCAAAGAUAAGGAUGAAAAUGGCAGCUGAUUUUGCAAGUCCAAAGCUGAAGCUUCUGCUCCCCAUCUUCUGUUUCUUCACCUUCUUUUCUUUUGCUGUCUCUGGACUUGCAGCUAACACCACCGCUAAGCUUCACCCAGCAGAAGUGAAGGCAUUGAAAGAGAUAGGGAGAAAACUGGGGAAGAAAGAUUGGGAUUUUGGAAUGGAUCCAUGCAGUGGAAAAGGGAAUUGGAGUGUUUUGGAUGAAAAGAAAGGGUUUGAAAGCACUGUCACUUGUAAUUGCAGCUUCAAUCACAACUCCACUUGCCAUGUAGUAAGCAUUGCCUUAAAGGCUCAGAAUCUAUCUGGAAUCGUUCCACCAGAAUUUUCAAAGCUUGGCUACCUUGAACUACUGGACCUCAGUCGCAACUGCCUCACUGGUUCUAUACCUAUCCAAUGGGCUACCAUGCGCUUAGUCGAUCUCUCUUUUAUGGGGAAUCGAUUGUCUGGUUCAUUUCCAAAAGUUCUCACCAAUAUCACCACCCUCAAGAACCUGAGCAUUGAGGGAAAUAAAUUUUCAGGAUCCAUUCCACCAGAAAUUGGAAAAUUGAUAAAGUUACAGAAAAUUAUCAUUUCAUCAAAUGCAUUCACAGGAAAAUUACCCUCAGAGCUUACCAAGUUGGUCAACUUGACUGAUUUGAGAAUAAGUGAUAAUAAUUUCUCAGGAAAGAUACCUGGUUUCAUCAGCAAAUUGACACAGAUUCAGAAACUGCACAUACAGGGUUGCUCACUUGAGGGGCCUAUACCUUCUACCAUUUCUGUGUUGACAAGCCUAAUCGAUCUGCGGAUUAGUGAUCUGAAAGGAAAAGGUUCAACAUUCCCACCUUUGAGUGAUAUGGAAUCGAUCAAGACACUGAUACUAAGGAAUUGCAUGCUAUCUGGAGAGAUCCCAGAAUUUAUUGGGAACAUGAAAAAACUAAAAAAUCUAGAUCUCAGCUUCAAUAACCUGACUGGAGGAAUUCCUACAUCAUUUUCCCAAUUGGCGAAAGUAGAUUUUAUGUACUUGACAGGAAACAAGCUCACUAGAUCUAUACCUGAAUGGGUCCUUGAAAGGAACAAGAAUGUGGAUUUUUCUGAUAACAACUUCACGUGGGGAAGCUCAAGUCCAAUUGAAUGUCCUGGAGGGAGUGUGAACUUAGUGGAGAGUUACUCUUCAUCAGCAAACAAAUUAAGUAAAGUCCAUUCAUGCCUGAAACAGGACUUUCCUUGUUCUUCUUCAAGUAAACAUUACUCCUUGCAUAUUAAUUGUGGUGGUAAAGAGGUAAUUGCCGGUGAUAACACCACAUUCCAAGCUGAUUUAGAAGCAAGAGGUGCUUCUCUGUUUUACUCUCAUCAGUCUUGGGCAUUUAGCAGCACUGGAAACUUCAUGGACAAUGACAGAGAUGCUGAUUCCUAUGUUCAGACCAAUAAUUCUGCUAUAUCCAAUGCCUCUGCUCUAGAUGCACAACUGUACACCACAGCGCGCGUUUCUCCUCUCUCUCUCACUUACUAUGGACUUUGCCUUAUGAAUGGGAAUUAUACUGUAAAGCUCCACUUUGCAGAGAUUGUUUUCACAAAUGACACUUCAUUUUAUAGUCUUGGGAAGCGUUUAUUUGAUGUUUAUAUCCAGGGAAAGUUGGUUCUGAAAGAUUUUAACAUCGCAGAAGAGGCUGGUGACGUUGGUAGGCCAAUUGUAAAGAGAUUUACUGUGGCUGUAACAAGCCACACGUUAAAGAUUCACUUUUAUUGGGCUGGAAGAGGGACAACAGGCAUACCAGUUAGAGGAGUUUAUGGCCCUCUUAUAUCAGCUAUAUCAGUUGAUCCAAACUUCAAACCACCUUCAGAUAACAAAAAGGAAGUCAUCAUAGUGACUGGCACUGUGGCUGCAACAUUGUUUCUUAUCCUUCUGUUCCUGGGUAUCAUGUGGAGGAAAGGCUGUCUGGGAGGCAAAGUGUCUGCAGAUAAAGAGCUGAGAGGUCUAGAUCUGCAAACAGGAAUAUUCACACUAAAACAAAUAAAAGCUUCCACUAAGAACUUUGAUGCGGAAAACAAAAUUGGAGAGGGUGGUUUUGGCUCGGUUUACAAGGGUCUACUAGCCGAUGGAACUGUAAUUGCAGUAAAGCAGCUCUCCUCAAAGUCUAAGCAAGGUAACCGUGAAUUUGUGAAUGAAAUAGGCAUGAUAUCUGCUCUGCAACAUCCCAAUCUUGUAAAACUAUAUGGAUGCUGUGUUGAGGGAAACCAGUUGAUGCUCAUAUAUGAGUACAUGGAAAAUAACUGCCUAUCUCGUGCUCUUUUUGGGAAGCAUUCAACAAGCAGGCUAAAACUGGACUGGCCUACCAGGAAAAAAAUUUGUCUAGGUGUAGCUAGAGGUUUGUCAUACCUUCAUGAAGAGUCAAGAAUAAAAAUUGUGCACAGGGAUAUCAAGGCAAGCAAUGUGUUGCUUGAUAAGGAUCUGAAUGCCAAAAUUUCAGAUUUUGGUUUGGCUAAGCUAAAUGAAGAUGACAAUACCCAUAUCAGCACCCGGGUUGCUGGAACUAUUGGCUAUAUGGCUCCAGAGUAUGCAAUGCGUGGUUACUUAACUAACAAAGCAGAUGUUUAUAGCUUUGGAGUUGUUGCAUUGGAAAUUGUUAGUGGAAAGAGCAACACAAAUUACAGGCCAAAGGAGGAAUUUGUUUACCUUCUUGAUUGGGCUUAUGUUUUGCAAGAGAGAGGAAGUAUGCUGGAACUGGUUGAUCCAGAGUUGGGGUCAGCCUAUUCAUCAGAGGAAGCAAUGUUGAUGCUAAAUGUAGCUCUGUUGUGUACCAAUGCAUCCCCAACGCUGAGGCCUACAAUGUCUCAAGUUGUAAGCAUGCUUGAAGGUCGAACGGCCAUUCAAGACCUUCUUUCUGAUCCUGGGUUUUCAGCCAUCAACUCAAAAUACAAGGCUAUAAGAAAUCACUUCUGGCAGCAGAACCCAAGCCAGACCCAUAGCCUGUCUACAAAUGAUCCUUAUACUGAUUCCUCAAAUUCAUAUAUAGACAUAGAAGAGGCUGAUCGUAUUUUAAGAGUUAGUUUAGUAGAAUCCAAUUCACAUUCACAUGUAGAAACGAAAGAGGAUGCCAAUCUUUUAACAGUUGCUUCCGUAAACUCCAAUUAGUUGUUAAUCCUGUAUAUCAUAUAACUUCAUAAAUGUAUAAUAGUAGUGGGAAAAGUUCCACUGUUAUA